AUGCCUGAACAAGAAUAUACAGAAGAACAAGCUGAAAUUCUUCAGCAUGUUUUCUAUGGUAAACUGGACAGACUACCAAGUCUUGCAUCAAAAAUCGUUCGUAUCUUCACCUCAUCUACUUUUACCGAUACGAGUAUGGAACGUAAUUCGUUGAUGCAACAUACAUAUCCCAAGUUGAAAGAGUAUUGCCGAGAAAAGCACGGGUUAGAAUUUCAAGUCGUGGAUAUGCGUUGGGGUGUGCGCGAUGAAGCAACGGACGAUCAUAAAACAACGGAAUUAUGUAUGCAAGAAAUUGAUAAUUGCCAAAGAGUUUCUGUUGGACCGAACUUUGUGGUAUUCCUCGGUCAAAAAUAUGGCUAUCGACCGUUGCCAACAAAGAUUGAAGAAGAAGAAUUUCGCAUGGUAAUAUCGGUUUCUAGUAAAGAAGAUGCACGCCUGCUCAAUCAAUGGUACAAACUCGAUUCGAACAAUAUACCAAGUUUAUUUUGUUUGCAACCCGUCAGUUCAAUUUUCACAAAUUUCACGAAUCGAGCACAUCCACGACUGAUGGAAGAAGAUCAAAGUUCUUGGUGGGAAACAAUGGGUAAACUAAAUCGUGCUGUACGUGUUGCUGCUUUAGAAUUAUUUAAACAAGGAAAAUUUACGGCGCAAGAUAACCACCGAUACAAUUGGUCAGUUACUGAACAAGAAGUAGUACGAGGAAUUAUCAAUGCGAAAGAUAAACUUGAACAUACGUUGGCAUUUUUUCGUCAUAUUGAAAACAUCAAUGUCGAUUUGUUACGUCAUUCGAUGAAGUUCAUCGAUAUAGCAUCGAAAAAGGUCGAUAUGGAAGCACAAGAUAUGCUAUCGGAUUUGCGAGAUGUUCGGGUGCCAGCCGUUCUACCUGAAUCAAGUAUUAUUCGAUAUACAGUCGAAUGGUCAGACGAUGAUGGUUUAAAUAAGACAGUUCAUGCCGACUAUUUGAAAGAUUUCAUUGAGACGUUCUAUCGGCGCAUUGUCGACAUGAUUGAUGAGGGCGUAAGAAAACAGAAUACUUUUCCGACAAAUCGAGUUUUUACGGAGAUUCUUCAACAACUUCAUGUGGUCAAUAAUUUCAGCCAGGAUUUUCAAGGCCGUACUGAUAUUCUCGAGCGUGUUCGCAAUUACAUUCAAGGUUCAUCCAAACAGCCGUUAGUUCUUUGGGGCGAAGGUGGUUGUGGUAAAUCGAGUAUGUUAGCGAAGAUCGCUUUCGAAUCAUCUUCAUGGUUUCCAACACGACAUUGCACACCGAUAAGAGUUGUCCGAUUUCUCGGCACAACACCAGAUAGUUCAUCGAUUGGACCCUUGUUACGAAACAUUUGCCAACAAUUAUGUUUUCUCUAUCAAGUUUCCGAGAAUACCAUACCGACUGAGUUGUCUCAGCUAAUCAACUAUUUCAAACGUUUGAUGGAAAAAACGCCGAGUGAUAAACCUUUGUGUAUAUUUUUGGAUUCCCUGGAUCAAAUCUCAUCUGCUGAUGGUGCUCAUUCAAUGUCAUGGUUUCCACCGACAUUACCGAAUCAUGUCAAACUUAUUGUUUCGACCUUACCGGGAAUAUUUAAUAUUUUAAAUACACUUCGGAAUAUCAUUGAUAGUCCAGAGAAUUUCGUCCAAAUUAAACCAUUGGGUGAAGACCUGGGGAAAAUUGUUUUGAAAGCUUGGUUAGCACGUCAACACCGAACAAUCACAGAUAUUCAAUGGGCAUUGGUUCACGAGCGAUUAGCUGAGUGUAAUAUUCCAUUGUAUGUUAAACUGGUUUUUGAUGAAAUCAAACUAUGGAAAUCUUAUACAAAAGUUCAAGAGAAAGAUUUAGCUAAAACGGUUUCCACAUCGAUCAAUAAGUUAUUAGGACGUAUCGAAAAUCAGCACGGUCAUAUUUUAGUCGAACAUGCUCUGUCAUAUAUAACUGCAUCGAGAUCCGGUUUAAGUGAAGCAGAAUUAGAAGAUCUGAUAUCAUUAGAUGAAACUGUUCUCAAUGACGUUUAUCAGUACCAUUUACCGCCAAUUCGACGAAUUCCUCCAUUGUUAUGGACACGUAUACGAAAUGACGUACCGAACUAUUUAGUUGAACGAGAAGCCGAAGGUGUGUCUGUUGUUAGUUGGUAUCAUCGGCAAUUCGCGGAAGUCUCACAUGAACGGUAUCUAGCUAAUCCAGAUCAACGUCGCCGAUACCAUUCUCAAAUGGCCGAUUAUUUUCUUGGUAUAUGGGCUGGUCGUCCGAAACCAUUUCAAUUUACGGAUAAUCAAAAACGUAUGUUUAAUCUAAGUUCAACAGACGGCGAAGCUGAUCGUAAAGUGCCAGCACAACCAUUGAUCUUUACCGUUAAUAAAGGCGCAGCAGCGGCGGGAGCGAACGCCAGCUCAUCAGCUAUUCGAUACAAUUUACGUAAACUAAGUGAACUACCGUUUCAAUUGAUUCUGUCGGAACGUGACGACGAUCUCUAUCAUCAUGUUCUAUUUAAUUAUGAUUUUAUUCAUGCCAAAUUAUCUUGCAUGCCACUGAACAGUUGUAUUUAUGAUUAUGAAAGUACAUUUGAAUAUAAUCAUGAUAAAGAGGUGAAACUAAUGAGUGAUGCACUUCGUUUGUCAAGUUCAGUCUUAGCUGCUGAUCCAAAUAAUUUAACAUGUCAAAUCAUCGGCCGUCUUCUGCCAUUCUAUGUGUCAUGUCGAAAAAUUGCUUCGUUCAUCGAUCAAUGUGAAAAUAUUGGACUUCAUCAUAUGGGACUUAUACCUGCUUUCAAUACAUUAGCAUCGCCAGGUGGGCCAUUAGUUUACUCCUUGGAAGCACAUCAAUUCGCUGUCUACGGUCUGGAAGUUGUCUCAUCCGGUCAACAUCUUCUUACAGUAUCGAAUAAAUUCAUUGUUUUCGAUCUAUCCAGUGGUGAUAUCGUCAGAAUUAUCGAUCCGAAAAUCGAAGGUAUUAUGACUUACUUAGCUGUUGCACCUGAUCAGCGUUACUGUGUGACAACAACAAUCAGUAAUCAGUAUAUUAUAUGUAAUCUAUUAACUGGAGAGUAUAUCUUACGUGAUUAUCAAGUUCCCGGAAAUGGAGGCAAAAAUCAACCAAAACCAACAUCGGGUCAACAACCAGCAGAUCCAUUGUUAGGUGCCGCAGUGAGUAACGCACAUUUUGCUUUGUGGACUUCACAAAUGUAUCAAGUGUAUACGAAUAAAGGUGAACUACUCUCAACUCAACCAACGCGCUAUCAAAUUAUUCAAAUUGAGUUAUUACCCGGACCCGAAGUAGAAAUUGUGUGUCGUUCGGAAGAAAUCAAAGCUGAUCAAGAAGUUGCUCGCGAUCGUAUGACGAUCGAUUAUUGUUUUGUGGCGAACUCUGACUCUUCGGCAGAUGUUAAUGAUAGUGCUGAACCACGUUGCUUAACGGGCGGCCAUAAGAAUAUUCAUAGUGCAUUGAUAUUAACGCGCGACAAACGUCGAAUGUAUACCUGCUGUGAAAUUAAUGAUAAUAAUGUUGAAGUUUAUAUAAAUAAGCCACAUCCAGUCAAUUACACAACAGAACGCAUCUGGGCAUUCGAUCAUCAGUUAUUCGAAAACAAAGAUCGCAUAUUUGCAUUCAUAUUAAGUGCCGAUGAAAACUAUCUCAUGGCAGUCACCUUCAAAGGCUUUAAAAUCUUUUCAUUUCGAUCGUAUCUAUGGAAAACAUGUGUAUUACCUGGAGGUGUCCGAAAUAUCAUCAGUGGCACGAAACGUUUAACAUAUACAGCGGCGUUUUCACAUAACAACCGCUAUUGUAUAGCGUGCGUGAAGUCCACUGUUUUCGUCUUCGAAAUCGAAUGGGGAGAAUUAGUUGCGUCCUUCGAUUCACAUUUCGGUCGAAUCCUUGUUCUUAAGGGUUUAUCAUCGGGUAGUAGUGGAAACAACUAUGUCAUCACGACUGGUAUGGACAAGACAACCAAAGUAUGGAAUUUAGAGAAUGCACGAGAAAAAGAUAUCUCAAUCACACAGUUGGAUAAAGCUAUUGAAGUUAUGCAUAUUUCUACUGAUACACAAAUUAUUAUGGCACAGACACGUACACAACUAUGUCUGUUUGAUAUGAAAACAGGUUUUAUCAAAGGACAACUGAUUGCCAGUCCACAUGGAUCAAUCUAUCAAUGUACAGCAAUGUGCACAAAUGGUUUGUUUGCUGCAGCCGCUGAAUCGGGUAAUUUCGUUAUUUGGGAUGUCGAAGAGCGCCGAAUAACAUUUUCAACAAAGAUUAAGAAUAUCUUUCAAUUAUUCCUUCAUACAGCUGAAACAAUGGUUUUAGUGUUAAGUUUCGAACCGAUCACAGCAGCAAAUCCAGCACAAGUGAACAAUGCAAAUUCGAAUAACAACCCGCUUGGUCAAACCAUUCGAGCUGUGACUUACGCUAUACCUGACGGCGAUAUGGUGUACGAACGAUCGUAUAUCAUCAAGCGUAUGCUUCAACCUAAGAAAGCAAUAUGUACCGCCGAAGACACCUACUUAUUAUUUAUUGAAGAAAAGAAAAAUAACGAUGUUCUCUCUGUACAUGAUCCAAUUACUGGUGAACAUAUACACAAUGUUAAAUUAACUUAUAGCGGCUAUAAAGAUAUUAUAUCCAUGGUAACUAUUCCAAAACAAGCACAUCUGAUUGGAUUGAUCGAUGCAGAUAAAGGUGUUGUUGUCAAUGUUCGAGAUAGAAAGAUUCAUUUAACAAUUCCGAAAUGGAGUGGUCAGAUAUCUUCUGAUGGUAAGUAUGGUCUCUACGCUCCAACACGUGGUGGUCUUGAGAUCUUCGAAUUUCGAAAUGGUAAAGUUGUUCGAACAUUAAUUGGAAAAGUUGCUGAAGGUGUUUAUGAUGUGAUCGCAUUUUUUACGCCGACAAAUAAACAUGUCAUCUAUUACAACAAAGGCAAACGAACGAUCCGUGUGUUUCGCACAAUCGAUGGUCAACAAAUAGCGGAUAUGAAAUGUCCAGCUAAAGUUCGCCAAGCGAUGGCAACACAGGAUGGACAAGCCUUAGUCGUUGGUUAUGAAGAUGGAGCUGUGCAAAUGUUUCUCAUUGUUGAUCGUUUCGAACCAUCAAGCAUUGCAGCUUUGAAACAAUGGCGACAAUUUCAAUUAGAAUCACGAAUGGAUCCUGCACAACUAGAGAACAAUGAUAAACAAGCAGAUAUAGACAGAGCGUAA